AUGCCGACGUAUCUAUGUCACGGCUUCCGAUGGCAUCGACGAAACAUCCGCAGCUUCGUCAUGGCCAACAACCUCGACGACGCGGCUCCCGACUGGCUCCUGGGCCGAGCGACGUCGUCCUUGAUCCUCGGCCAAUUUGUCAAAUGCUUCGGCUUUUUCCCCAAACGGCCGCCACCGCGGCUCAUACCGCCUCCUCGGAGCAUGGGGGUGCAGGUCCAGGGCAACCCCGGGUACGGCGUACCGUCGUCAGGCGUUCCCGCGUCCGAGGACGACGUCCUGGUCCACGAGUGGUCGCCAGUGAAGUUGCUCGAAGAGCACGACGUGGAGAUGGUGACGCGGCCAUACGCGUACGUGGCCGACUAUGUCACGCGCGUCGACAUGGGCGUCAAGCUCGCGCACGAGAUGGUAAAAUAUGAGGCCAUGACACGGAACCGUGACGUGACCUGGUUUGCCAAGCUCCGAGACCAGCUGCAGGAGGACGAGACUGUGGGGUGGUUUGUCGUCGUCUGCGCCGACAAAGAGCGUGCAAGAGCGGCGGCGGAGGUGGAGAUGGAGGCGGAAGUGGUUGACGAGGAGGAGGAGGAGGAAGAGGAGGAAGAGGAAGAGGCAGAGGAGCAGGGAGAGGAGGAGGGCGAGGAGGUGGAGGAAGAAGACUCGAGCGAGGAAGAACAAGAGCAGGACUCGAGCGACGACUCUACCUCGACAGACGAUGGGGACCCGAAUCCGUCGGCAAGGGCACUGGACUUGCCGGAGCAGCGGAACCACCUGGAGCCGUCAACAGUCGGUGCAAGGGCCCGAGACACGCGAAAUGUGUCGUCGCAGCGGAGCCACCACCAACAUCGACCGUCGGCCUUCUGCGCAACCGAGUUAGCCGUGCAGCGAAGCCAACACCCUCAUGGAACAUCGACGGUUGGCGGGCAGAUGCAUGCUGUGCAUCCGGAGUUGGGCAUCGGAAGGGGUCCCUACGCCAGAACGACAACGACAAAUGUUAGCGGGCCGCCGCCAGGGCUCGUUGCAGGCCACUCAGUGUCCCAUGCACCCGUCCAUACGUCAGUCCAUUCGCCGCUUCAUACACCGGUCCAUCCAUCGGUCCGCACGCCGGUUUAUACGCCAGUCCAUUCACCUAUCCAUACGAACCCGCAACCUCCAGCCAGGUAUCUCGUCGGUCAUCCGCCGUUUCUACCGAGCCCGCCGUUCCACCAGGGUCCGCCGUUCCACCAGGGCACGUCGUUCCAUCCCAGCCCGUCGCUCCCCGAUAUUCACGCCCAGCAGGGACAACGGCACCCGCUGCCAAGAAAAGGAUUGCGGCGCUUGCUUCCAAAGACGAUGGAAAACAACCAGUGA